UAACGCUAGUGAAACACGAGUACCGGCAAAACAAGUAAAUAUAGUAGAAUUGUGAUAAGAUAGCGGCAAUAUACAAAAUCCCUUAUAUCGACCUGUGUGUACUUGGAUGUUACUAUACACAGCUGGACAUGUGGUAGCAAGAAGAAUCUUUUUGAGAAAAAAAAGUUUUGAAUAUUUGAUAUUGAAUGACCGUAACACAAACUGAUUCAUUUUUCUGUUGCGAAAAGGAAAAAUCCUGUUGUUUCAAUAUUUGUUUGCAGUGAAAAUUUGUUUAAACCGGAGAUUUAAACAUUUCUACGCUGACUUUUUAGUCCUUUAAUUUUUGUUUUCCACCUGGAAAAACUGAGUUCAACUAAAUUUUUGCGGUGGGAUUUCAAAAACGUGGGGUGUGUGCGAUGUCCCUUCCUCAAUUCGGAUACAACUACCCCACAACAACGCUGUCCUCGCCGUCACAGAUCCUGAUGUCUACCCCCACAACCUCCACGCUGUCCUCCCCGACCACCUCCUGUUGUGAGAACGGUCGGCCCAUCAUGACGGACCCCCACACGGGACAGACGGUGUGUUCCUGUCAGUACGGGUCGGGCCUGCUCAGCGCCUACUCCCGGGUCCCCUCCCUCACCGACUCCGUCUACAGUGCCGGACCCUACGGCUCCCAGAGCUACAUGCCCCUGGGGACAGACCCCUCAGCCUUCUACUCCCCUCUGAAUUCUCCCUAUGACCUGAAGGACGGGUCGGAUGCUGCCUGGCGGAGUCUGUCUCAGCCGUCUGCCUGCUACCCUUACGAUCCCGCCAUGGCUGCUUAUCCUUACGGAAAUGCUUAUGGUGGAAUGGAUCUGAAUGGAGCCGCCAGACGUAAGAACGCCACAAGGGAGACAACAAAUACUUUAAAGGCUUGGCUCUACGAACACAGAAAGAACCCUUAUCCCACAAAGGGCGAAAAAAUAAUGCUGGCCAUUAUUACAAAAAUGACGCUAACCCAAGUCAGUACUUGGUUUGCCAACGCCAGACGCCGCCUUAAGAAGGAGAACAAGAUGACGUGGUCGCCAAGAAACCGGUGUGGAGACGCCGAUGAUGAAAACAGCAAUGACAAGGCCGACGACGAUGAUGAAAGUGAUGAAAAACGAAAGACCGACGAAAACAGCAACGACCCCAUUAAACAAAACGAAGAGAAGGACAGUUUUGACAUCUUGAAAGUCAAAAACGACCAAGAUUCAGUGUUGGAGGAGAAUUCGGUUUUCAGCGACAAAAACAGCCUGAUGAGUACCCUGACCCCAAUCGGGGUGGUGGACAGUAUGCAAGCACCCUCAAUGUCCAACACAGAGUUAAAACCACCGAUCAUGGACCAUAAACGACUCGAAUCCCCGUGUUCAAACAGCAGUGACUCUGGUCUCAGUGACAUUAACACUUCCCUGACCUUAAACGCUUCCAAUAUGGAUGGCGGGGACGGCCUAAGACCCCGGAUAUGGUCUCUUGCGCAUGUAGCGACCUCUACCGCUGGAUGCACCAAUACUACCUCCCAACUCACCAACGGAAAAGACCAAAGCCUUCCGCUAAAUUUCUCAAAAUUAGGAUCACCUUCCAUGCCAUCUUCUGCCUCCACAAUGAGACCGUGGAUGGACAACGCUUUUUCUAUAGGAUCGUCAAUGUUCUCAACAAAUUCCUCAUCUGGUUACACAAACCUUAGUGCCAACAACGGGAGCGGGAUGCUGGACAAGAGCUCAACGCUGCCCGGAGUAACCGGAUCCGGAUUUAACGGACUCUCGUCAACCGGAAGUUCACCUAUUCUACGACCCUAUCCUUCUCUCUCAACCCUAUACUCACCGGCGCGUGACGUAGGAGCAAGGAGUAAUGAAAGACUAACAAACCCUAUCGGAGAAGAUGUGCCGACCAUAUCGUAUUAGGAUUCCUAUGUGGGGGACUAUCUUCAGGAAUCUACGGAUGUUUCAUGGUGAAGCAGGCGUGAUAGGGUCAAAAUCUUCCGUGCUCGGAGACAUUUGGAGGGCGCUUAAGGACAAUGCGCGAUCCUAUCCCGUUAUAUUCAGUGCUUGGUGCAGACAAGAGUUUUCCUAACAAGGUUAAUAUGACUACGAAGGGAUUUAUGAAGACUCCGAUUAUUCUGAAGUGCUAAAUAUUCCAACAAGUGCUAUGAGCCAAGUGAUGUUUAUACUGACUUGAUGCUAUCAGACAGGAAAAUUAGUCAGAAAUUGACAUUGGGAAUCAGGGUAACGUGUUUAUAUUUAUGUCUAAUCGUAUGUUGACAUUGGUCAUCGAGGGGGAGAUAUUGCCUCGUUGGGUUCUCUCACCCAGAAAAGGUCGGGAUCGGGCUCCACUUUAGAACUCAAGUAGUCCGAAGAAAAACUUAAUGCGCCAUCAGUCUUUUUACCUAUUGCGCUUUAAUUGAACUGAAGUGCGCUGUCACCAUAGACUUGAAAAAUGAGUUUGUUGAGCAGAAACAAUGAUAGUGUAAGAGCUUCGAGGCAAUAUUUACUGUGAAAAAUAUCUAAAGAUUCCAAACUCGUUUUCACGCGACAGAAGGACUUUAGCUAAAGAAGGUCAUGAAUAGGUCUUGUAAAUAUUUCUCUAGAAUCACACGACACAAAUUUUGAUGAAUUAUUUCGAAGUCUUCUGCAAAUUUUUCUUGAUGUGUAUAUUAUUUUAAUAUGUUUAAGCAAAGAAAGAAAACAUUUGGGGUUUAUAGUAGAUUCUUUCUUGUUAAACAAGAUUGAACAGAAAAAGGUUUACAUGAUAAUUAGAGAAAAAUUAUUAAGACUGUGUAUUUAUUUGUUUUCUAUUUAUUACCGAAACCAAUUUAUCAGUCAUUUUAUAAAAUGGCUGUUGUAUAUUAAUACUACAAUUUUUGAGAACAAAAACAAACUCGGUUUUGUAUUUGCAAUUGACACAAAAUCAUAUUGAUUAUUUCUUCUUUUGUUUUAUUUUCUUUGUCAAUAUGUAUAGCUGUUUAUUCAAAUGGAAUAAUAAAAAAAAAUUAUUG